ACUACUGGAAAAACAGCUUCCAUACAGGGCAAACCUGGAAUGAAUACAGAAAGUUCUAUGGAGCAUGCAGAGUGUACUCAAUCAUCAAGAAAGAUGACAAAUUCUCUGGAACAAAAGAUAAGGUGCUUGGAAAAACAAAGAAAAGAGCUCCUGGAAGUUAAUCGACAAUGGGACCAGCAAUUUAGAAGUAUGAAAGAGCUCUAUGAAAGAAAGGUUGCAGAGCUGAAAACAAAAUUGGCCGUGGCAGAGAGAGUCCUGGGUACACUGGAGACGGAGCCGCAGAGUCGGAGAGAGAGAGCGGGCCAGCACGACCUGACUCGGGGCCCGCCGCCCAGAGAAGAGUUGGUGAAAACCAACAAACUGCUCAGCACCGCUUGUGCUAGGGAGUGUGGGUUACGCAAGGCUCCGAGGGCCCGAGGCCAGACGGUUUCCCUGGAAUUAGCAGGGAGGGGACGCCCCCCGACCCCGCGCUUCUUCUGGCUGAGCAAACAGCGGGCUGCAAUUGGGCUGCAAUUUGCCAGGCCUCGCCAGGAAAAAGAAGUGAAGCAUAGGUUUGAUGUUGUCUUUCUAGAGAAGAAAACAAUUUUCCCUUUGCUUUUAUUCAAGGAAAAGGAAUGCCUAAAUGAAGAAUUAGAAGAAUUGAAGAAAGAGAAUAAGCUUUUGAAGGAAAAAAAUAUCCUCGCAACUAAGAAGAAGGAACAUUACGAGUGUGAAAUAAAACGCCUGAAUAAGGUUCUUCAAGAUGUCUUGAAAAUUGAGAGUUCUUCAUUUUCUGAGGACUGUUCAGGGCAGGGUAAAGUGGAGUGCAACCAUGCAGAGAUGAGAACAGAAAUGGAAGUUCUCAAACAUCAGGUGCAAAUAUAUGAAGAAGACUUCAGAAAGGAGCGAUCAGAUAGAGAAAGACUUAAUCAAGAGAAAGAAGAACUACAGCAAAUUAAUCAGACUUCUCAAUCCCAGUUGAACAGGCUGAGUUCUCAGAUAAAAUCUUGUCAGAUGGAGAAAGAAAAACUAGAAAAGCAACUAAAACAGAUGCAUUUCCCAACCUGUAAGUGUAGCCUGGUUUUCCACAUGAGGGAUCCUUGGGUACCCACAGGCACCGGGGCUGCACAGGAUCCACAGGAACAUCCCCCAGAUUAUCAGUGGUAUGCUCUUGACCAGCUUCCGCCAGAUGUACAGCACAAGGCUAAUG